AUGCUAGCCCCAUUUUUCCCCUCCUUUCCCCCCUGCUUCCCCCCUUUCCCCCCACGGCUUCCCCUCCUUUCCCCCCUUGCUUCCUCUCCUUCCCCCCCCAGCUUCCCCCCUUUUCCCCCACGGCUUCCCCUCCUUCUCCCCCCUGCUUCCCCUCCUUUCCCCCCAUGCUUCUCCUCCCUCCCCCCCCUGCAUCCCCUUCUUUCCCCCCUUGCCCUCCUUUCCCCCCCUGCUUUACCUCCUUUGCCCCCCUGCUUCUCCUCCUUUCCUGCUUCCCCUCCUUUCCCCCCCUUGCUUCCCCUCCUUUCCACCCCUGCUUCCCCCCUAUUCCCCCACGGCUUUCCCUCCUUCCCCCCCCUUCUUCCCCUCCUUUCCCCCCAUGCUUCUCCUCCCUUUCCCCCCUGCAUCCCCUCCUUUCCCCCCUUUGCUUGCCAUCCUUUCCCCCCACUGCAUCCCCUCCUCUCCCCCCCGGUUUCCCCUCCUUUCCCUCCCUGCAUCCCCUCCUUUCACUCCUUGCAUCCCCUCCUUCCUCUCCCUGUUUCCCCUCUUUCCCCUCCCUGUUUCCCCUCCUUUCCCUCCUGUUUCCCCUCCUUUCCCCCCCUGCAUCGCCUCCUUCCUCUCCCUGUUUCCCCUCCUCUCCCCCCCUGCAUCCCCUCCUUUCCCUCCCUGCAUUCUCUGAUUUCCCCCUCUGCUUCCCCUCCUUUAACUCCCUGCAUUGUGGGCAAGGAGACAGCCAUCCGCACCAACACCAGCCUUUCUCCUGUUCACAGCGUGCAGCUCUAUGCUCGAUCCGCUCGUGCCUUCACCGUCUAUUUGGGCACGCUCUGA